AUGGACCGUGCCAGGAAGCAUCUGUUCGCCGUCAACAAGGCUCUCGACUCGUCCCUCAAGAAGAACACCGCCUUCAUCAAGCGACUCCGAACUGCCGUAACCCCCGCGACCCUCGCAACUUUCUUGCAAGAGAUUCGAGCGCUCAGCCUGCACAAGUACCUAUCCGAAAUUAUCUCGGCAUGCUACGAGGGCCUCUGCAAGCUCAAGUCGCCUGGUGAGGUGGACGCUGGCGUGGAAAUCGUCAGUGCCCUCCACCAGCGCUUUGGGCCAGGCGAGUUCACAGAAUACUUGGCCUGGCUCCUUGGCAAGGGCAUGGCCACGCCAGACAAGAGCUUCCUCAAGUCUCUGCCGCAGGAGACUCGCGAGAAGGAAGAGAAGGAGCGGAUCGGCCGCCAACGCGCGCUCCUGAGGGUCGUCACUGAACUAUGGCUCGUGAGGGUUCUUCGGACCCUUGAUGAUGCCGCCAAGCCCGAUGACGCCACGAAAGCUGUGGCCGGGAAGACAACAGAGAUCAAGUCUCGUGGAGGAGCUAAACAGAAUGAUGGAACUGUCGAGCCGUUCCCCUUGGAAGUUCUCAAGGAUCUGCUUGGCCAUGACCGCGAACACGUCAACCUCCCGCUGCUGGUCAUCUUUGUCAAGGCCUUCAGCUGGGAUAUUCUUGGGACCAAACCUGCUGGCGCUGAUGGGAGGAAGACUGUAGAGGAGGAUGGUGUGGCAAACGCAGCCCAGGACACCAGCGGGGACGCGUGCCCCAUCGAUGCUGGCGAUGAAACUGAUCAACCCUUCACACCGCCUGAGCUUCGAGAGCGGUUCAGGAACGUUCUGAAGAAGUAUUUUGAAGACGUCAAGGCGCAUGUCGUUCGUGAUCAGAAGUCUGUGCAUUCCCAGGCACGCCGCAAUGCAGAAGCGUACGUCAAGUCCGGCGAGGUCUUUGAAGACCGCCAGUCCACCUACGAGAAACAGGUCAAGAGUCAAGAGCGCCUCGUGGCCAACGCCCAGGCUAUCGCGGACGCGAUUGGGGCAGAGAUGCCGGACCUCAAAGUGUCUGACGACUCAAUGGCCGCUACGAACAGCUCCAUUGGCCUCGUCAAGACCGGCGACUAUCUCUCCAGUGAUGGCGCAGGAAUCUGGGAAGAUGAAGACGAGAGACGCUUCUACGAGAACCUAGUGGAUCUGAAGGGCAAGGUCCCUGCCAUGCUCCUCGAAGAUGGAAAAAAGAAGAAGCCCGACUCGGAAGAGCAGGUUGGAAAGAAGAUUGAAGCAAGCGACACGGCCGAGCCACCAAAGCCAGAUGCCUCCGAGGACCAGUCGACAGCCAUUGCCAACAAGACGAUUGGCGCACAGGUGGAUGCCCUGCUGACACGCUUGCCGGAGCUCACCAACAAGGAUACCAUCGACGAAUUGGCUAUUGACUUCUGCUUCCUCAACUCUAAGGCUUCCAGAAACCGACUAGUUAAGGCCUUGACCGAGGUGCCCAAGGGACGUACUGAUCUACUACCGAACUGGGGUCGUCUCGUCGCCACGCUCGGACGGUACAUGCCGGACAUUCCCAAAGGCCUCGUUGAUUACCUCGACGCCGAAUUCCGCAGCUUGCAGCGCCGAAAGGAGAAGGACUUCCUUGGUCAAGUCCGCCUGAGCAACAUUCGCUAUCUUGCUGAGCUGACCAAGUUCGGUAUCGUGCCGGAGCACGUCGUCUUCCACUGUCUGAAAGUCAGCCUGGACGACUUCUCCCGCAUGAACAUUGAGAUCCUGUGCAACCUUAUCGAAAACUGCGGUCGCUACCUUCUUCGCAACCCGGAGACCUCGCCUCGGAUGGCCAGCUUCCUGGAAACACUGCAGCGCAAGAAGUCAGCUCAUCACCUGGGCCAGCCCGAGCGUAUGCUCAUCGAGAACGCGGUGUACUAUGUUGAUCCGCCUGAACGGCAGGCCGUAGUUCACAAGGAGCGUACACCGAUGGACACGUUUAUUCGCAAGUUGAUCUACAUGGACAUGACGAAGCGCAACUACAGCAAGAUUCUGAAGCAGAUUCGAAGACUGCACUGGGAGGAGGCUGAGGUGGUGCAUAUCAUGGAAAAGGUCUUUUCCAAACCCGGCAAGAUGAAGUAUGGCAACAUUCAUCUACUUAGCAUCCUCCUCGGCGCGCUGUACCGAUACCACCCAGACUUUGUCGUCAAGGUCAUCGAUAACGUUAUCGAGUCUAUUACCUUCGGGCUUGAGCAGAACGACUUCCGCUUCUCCCAGCGCCGAAUUGCCGAAGUAAAGUACCUCGGAGAGCUGUACAAUUAUCGCAUGCUCGAACAUCCAGUCAUCUUCGAUGCCAUGUACAAAAUCUUGACACUUGGUCAUGGACGCUUCAACCACCUUGACCCGCCUGAUGAUUUCUUCCGCAUUCGCCUGAUCACAACCAUACUCGAGACUUGUGGCAUGUUCUUCAACCGAGGUGCAGCAGGCAAGAAGCUUGACUAUUUCCUGUCGUUCUUCCAGUACUAUAUCUUCACGAAAGUGUCGAUGCCGCUGGACAUUGAGUUCAGCGUCCAAGACGUGUUUGCUUUAACACGUCCGCAAUGGAAGCUCGCUGCCAACUUGGAAGAUGCCGCCCAGGCCUUCCAGUUGGCCGUUGCCCAAGAUCAGAAGGCGUCUGGUGUUGAGAAGGCCGCUGAGCCUGAACCAGAUGAAGCCAGCAGUGGCGAGUCGUCCGACGACGGGAUCGACGAGCUGGACCUGGAGGGCGAGGCCGAUGAUGAUAGUGGUAGUGAAGAAGAGGACAUUGAGGAUGCUGAAGAGGACUCUGGUAAGGAGAGCAGUGUCGAGGACGACGACGACUUGGUCAUGUCUCGUCAGCAACCGGAGGUGGACUCGGAGGACGAGGCCGAAUUCGAGCGCGAGUAUGCCAAGAUGAUGUCAGACAGCCUCGAAUCCCGCAAAUUUGAGCGGAAGCAGCUCUUCGACGUGCCUCUACCCGUCCGAGCCAAGAGUCGCGAAACGUCUGGGCUGUCGGCACACGGCGAGGCCGCACAGGAGCCUGCUCCAGCGCAAGCAUCAGCCGCGGAGCACCCGCCCAUCAACAAAAUGGCUUUCGCCCUGCUCACGAAGAAGGGCAACCGACAACAGACCAAGACAAUCGAGCUGCCUUCCGAUUCUACCUUUGCGAUUGCUAUGAAGAACCAGCAGCAGGCUGAAAAGGAAGAGCAGCAGCGGAUCAAGAGCCUGGUCUUGAACUAUGAUCUGAAUCAAAGUGAUGAGCCUGACUCUCAAAGCGACCGGGAAAGGCCGUCGACCUUCCACCACAAUCGUGUGGAGCAGCGCCCAAAGGACCGUGGACAGAGGAUCGUCUUCACUGCCAUUAUGGGCCUUGCCAUGCUAGUGGCAUGUCUGGAAUGGUUCCUAUGGCUGGCUGCCUUUGUGUACUGUCUAGUCAAGGUGCAUCGAAAAUCGGAACAUUGGUCGAUCAACGUCCUAUGCAUCAUUGUCGGUACUAUGUUCACUCUCCUUAGGGCCGUAUUCCUGCCCAUUAUUGUCAUCACACUGCCGCUACCCAAUGCCACAUCAAAGCACUGGCCACCCUUUCUGGUAGAGUUCCUGCAAUGGUUUGCGUUUUGGUCGUUUGCCCUGCUCUUGACAGUCCCGUGGCUGUUUUGCGUGUACCAACUCGUCGCUCAUCAACUUGGCCGCAUCAAGCGGAUGGAACAGGCUCUAGACGACAACUCAGCGCCAAAAGUGGUGGUUGUCAUGCCUCGCUACAGGGAAGAGCCCGAAGUCCUGAUCAAGGCUGUCAACUCGAUCGUGGACUGCGAUUACCCACUAACAUGCAUCCAUGUCUUUCUGUCUUUUGAUGUGGAAGAGGAGGAUGAGUUCUAUGUAUGCACGGUUGAGAAGCUCGGCGGGUCCUUGACGAUGGAGACGUACCCUCGAAGCAUCGACGUCGUCUGCAGGGGGUCUCGCGUGGCCAUCUCCCGAUUCGCGCCCGGUGGAAAAAGGCAGUGUCAGAAGCUCACUUUCAAACUCAUCGACGAGGUCUACGAGCAAUAUCUUAAGAGGAAUGACAACCUCUUUAUGGUCUUCAUGGACUUUGAUUGCAUCCUUGACAAGGUGUGUCUGCAGAACUUUGUCUACAACAUGGAGCUCAGCCCUGGCAAUUCUAGAGAUAUGCUGGCAAUGACUGGCUGCGAAGACCUCUUUGACUUUGCAAAGUCUCAUCUCGGGGAAGACCUGUGGCUGACCCAUCUCUUCAUCAUUGGAGCCAAGAAGAGGUAUCCCAUCCUCAUCCUCGUGCGUUUCAUGCAGAACACCAUCCGGGCGACGGCGCUACUGUUCCUCGCCAUAGUUGUGGCACUCGCGUCGACGGCGAAGCAGGUGGACGAUCUACCGCUUCGCCGGUGGAAGAUGCUGCUGUAUCCACUCAUGUUUGUGGUGAACCCCUUUUCCAACUGGUACUACAUGGUGCACGGCAUAUUCACCGCAGGCCGGCGAACGUGGGAUGGCCCUCGUGCGGAUGCAGCCGCAGCUGACGACCACACGACAGCUCGUGAGGCUAUCGAGCAAGCCGAACUGCAAGGAGACGAUCUGAGCCUCAUACCGGAGACUUUCAAACCUGCAUACGAGGCACAGAAGGCGAGAUCGCAGGCUGUUAAGGUCCCAAAUAGAUGGCCUUCUGCGGGAGAAAAGCCGACUGUGUCCGCCCAAGGCUGUCGAAGGCAAGUUCUCCGCGCGACACAAGACAGCAGCUGGUACAUAUGCGCAUCCGGACGAAACGGACAGUUCAGUGGGAACCAUGGCCUCCUCGCGAGAUUCACUCGACAGAGGCUGUUGCGUAGCACCCAGUGA